AGCUCUUCUAAAAUUAGGCAAAGAAGUAAUAAAGCAAGGGAAUACAUGAUGAGAGCAGGUCAUUUUAUAUUUAUCUUCAGCAACUUCGGAUGGUACAUUAUAUAAAGAUGAAGACAUACGUUAUGGUGCUUUUCAUGAAGCUGGUGAUUAAAGAAAUCUUACUACCACAUUCAGCAUGUUUGGCGGGUGAAAUGGGAAUAAUAAUUGGUUCGAAAUUCUUUACGUUAUCUGAUGAUAAUCCUUGUGCUACACGGCUACCGCCAAAUUUGCGAUAUAACGGAGAAGAAAUUAUUCACUUAUGCAAAAAGAAUGAAAGGAACAAAGUCAUGGAAUCAGUUCCACUUCGUAAUACAAAUGAUGAGAUUAUUUGGGGAACAACUUUUCUAGAAGUGAUGGUGGGACAGAAUGCACUUCUGAAGUGCUUUGUUCAAAAUCUUGCAAAUGGUUCUAAAGUAAUGUGGUAUCGUAAAGAAAAGGUGCGGGUAUUGUACAUUACUAACAAAAAAUCUGACGUCAACGAUCACACCCGAAUCCUAGUUAACAAGGAAAACGGAACCUUCAACUUACAAAUUGUCAACGUAACUCAAGACGAUGCAGGCACAUAUUUAUGCCAGAUACAACCUAAAUUUGAAAAUGCUUUCAAUAAUAUUCAACCACAACUUAAGGUUUUAGUUCCAUCAGAUAUUGUAAGAAUUGAACCAAACGUUACACUUAACACGAAUCCACAGAAAAGGUAUUUCAACUUAAGUGAGAAUGCUUUCCUUAAUUGCAUUACGGAUGGUAUACCAAAACCCAACAUUACCUGGACUAGAAGUGAUAAGUUGCUGAACAAAACAAUUAUUAAUGGAAAACUACUUUUACCUAACAUCCAAACGGAGGACAGUGGUAUUUAUAUUUGUGAUGCUAUGAAUAUGGUGAACGGACACAUUCACACAGACAGGAAACAUGUACAGGUUAUAAUUAAAUAUUAGUAAACAAAUUAAAUUGAUUAGCAAAGAGUUAUGACGAAGUUUAUUUUUAUGUUAGCAGACUCACUUUGUUGCAUUCAGAGGAAUAAUCUGAUGUGUCAUGAGUAAACUGCGCCCAUGGUAGGCUUCUUGUAGCCCAGUCCAGCUGAGUAGGCCUACUUUUUUCCAGCACUCCAGAGAAUAUAGAUAGGCCUUACACAUGAAUACGUGAGCUCGAAAUAUCAAAAUAUUAAAAUGUGCACCUCCACUAAUCUGAAGGUGGCAUAACUGUACUACAAACAUUUUAAAUUGGAUAAUUAUGCAUAUAUUUGUAUUUGUUUACA